AUGUUUGCUCAGCGGUUCAGAGGGGCUAGACCUCUAUUGAACUCACUAAGGCACCAGAGUCAAGUUCGGGGCCAAGAUCAUCCCAAACCACCUCCACUUCCCUCGCAACCUACUCCUGCUCCCUCUAAGAAGGAAUCAGAACCUGAAGAGAAAUACAAUCCUCAUACCGUCUUUUACAGAAAAUACAGUGUGGCCUAUUUCAAGGUCUUGGGUAUCACAAUGGCUACUUACUACUCCUUACAAUAUCUCUGGGAGUUCCUAGAGUCACAGGAAACGGAAACGUCACACAAAACUACUCAAGCGUAA